AUGAGUUCAUCAUGGCAACAGAUGAAUUAUGAUCCUUCUAAUCAAGGAUAUCCAUGCAUACGUGUAGGUGGUCUUGCCGGAGCUGGUAAAUCAACUAUUCUUCAUAUUAUAAAACAGGAUGAAACUGCUGCAGUAAUUCAAACUAUCGGUGUUAGUUUUGAAAAAUGGACAACUAGUAAUAUGGAUUUUACGCCAUGGGAAUAUGGUGGACGAAUGGGAAUCCGUUCAUUGCCGUUAGUCUAUCACGAACGGACCAAAGCGCUCAUCUUUGUUAUUGAUUCAAAUGAUAGAAAUAGAAUAAAUGAAGCAUGUAAGGAAUUACAUGGAAUAGCAAACGAUGACGAACUUCGACAUAAACCUAUUCUCAUUUUUGCCAAUAAACAAGAUUUACCCAACGGAAUGAGUCUUGAUGAACUGCGAAACGAACUUGAUUUGGGUGAAUUUGAUGGAAAUACCAAGUGGCAUAUACAAGCAGUAUCUGCUAUUCAAAAUAAAGGUUUCAAGGAAGGCUUUGAAUGGUUGGCAAAUACUUUGACGAAGAAGACUGACUUCACGACGCCGAUCAUAGAGACAUUUAACGAUUCGAUGGUAAUGAAAAAUGAUCUUUUGUCCGUAUUGGAUUUCGUUAAUUUGAAAAAAUUCUUGAAAAAAUUUGUUAAAUUUUAA